UUCGUUCGUUCGUUCGUUUUUAGAGAUAGAGAGAGAGAGGAACCAAAGCUUUGGCGGCCAUUUGCUAAGCUGUAAAUACUAAAUAACAGCCAAUGGCACGUCCAUGAAAGUCCUCUCUCUCUCUCUCUCUCUCUAUCUCACAGACAUUUCAGCGAACACCACAGCCUCCCAUUUCCAAGACGACUUUGCUAUUUUAUUUCUGAUUGGGGGAAAUUAGCCAUUUUUAAUCCGACACGAAUAUCCUCCCCAGAACACAGAGAGAUAGAGGGAGGGGAAGCAGAAAGACCAGCUGCAAGCACAGAGACGAGAGAAAGAGAGGGGCAAUGGGGGUGAGAGAAGUGGAGGAGCAAGAGGAGGGAGUAAUGGCGACGGACUUCUUCUGGUCUUACACGGAAGAGCCCCACGCCUCCCGUCGAAAGCAAAUCCUCUCUCAGCACCCUCAGAUCAAAGAACUCUUCGGCCCUGACCCUUGGGCCUUCGUCAAGAUCACCGUAGUGGUUCUUCUUCAGCUAUAUACAGCGACUUCCCUCCAUGACUCGGGGUGGAUGAAGAUCCUAGCUGUCUCGUACUUCUUUGGCUCAUUCCUCAACCACAACCUCUUUCUGGCGAUCCACGAGUUGAGCCACAACCUCGCCUUCUCCACCCCUUCCCUGAACCGUUGGCUUGGGAUAUUCGCUAACCUCCCCAUUGGUGUACCAAUGUCCAUCACUUUCCAGAAAUACCACCUUGAGCACCACCGGUACCAGGGGGUCGACGGGAUUGACAUGGACGUCCCAAGCAACCUUGAGGCCCUCUUAGUCAGGAACACCCUAACGAAAUCCAUCUGGGUCCUGUUCCAGCUCUUCUUCUACGCACUCCGGCCACUCUUCCUGAAACCAAAGCCGCCUGGUUCCUGGGAAUUCAUAAACUUUGCAAUUCAGAUUGCCCUUGAUGCGGCUAUGGUUCACUUUUGGGGUUGGAAAUCUUUCAUGUAUCUGAUCCUCUCAACAUUUGUGGGAGGCGGGAUGCACCCGAUGGCAGGCCAUUUCAUCUCAGAGCACUACGUUUUCAACCCAAAGGAGGAGCAGGAGACAUACUCCUACUACGGGCCGCUCAACCUGAUGACGUGGAGUGUCGGGUACCACAACGAGCACCAUGACUUCCCCAGAAUUCCUGGCAGCAAGCUUCACAAGGUGAAGGAAAUUGCACCGGAAUACUAUAAUGGACUAUACUCAUACCGAUCAUGGAGCCAUGUGAUCUACAUGUACGUUAUGGACCGCGCAGUAGGGCCAUUCAGCAGAAUGAAGAGGAAACUAUCUACAAGUUCUAAGAAAUCGGAAUAGGCUAUGUUGUUCUCUCUCGACCUCUGAUCGCCAUGUCCCUGGUUUCUUCACUUUGUUUGUGCUUGCUAGUGAAAUACAUUGUCCACAACCUCGGAGUGUGAUCGACAUUUGUUCAUAUGGUUCUUGAGGGAUUAGUGCAAUAUUAGUCUUUAGAAGGAGAGGAUUCUGUUUGUUGGUUGAUUGGUUUAAAUUUUAAGAAUAAACAAUCAAAUCUGGUGUACUGUACCUUUUCAUCCCGCUAAGGUUGUCUGCAAAUACAUCUUUUUGUACUCGCAA